AUGUCCUUCCUCACAUACUUUCUCCACCGAGUGAAAUGGUCCACCUUGAAAAUCAAUUCCACUUUUUUUUCCCUCUUCCCAAACUGCCCUCCUCAAUUUUCCAUCCUUUUCUGUCCUUUACCGUACGGCACUUACGUUUCACUCCUCCAAUGCCCACAAUGCCCUUCUAAUCGGCCUAGAUUACGCCUGAGAUUGCGAGGGUGUUUACGUCUUUUUACAAUUGAUGGGGGGAGGGCAGUAGAGUAAAUUGGAUGUUCUUCUUCUUCGCUGGAUUAUCAACAUAUCUAGACAAGGCAUGAGUGCUUUUCUGUUAACGGUUGUUUCUUAAUCUACCAGACAUUUUUUGGUGAUAUCGGAGCUUUGUAUUCAGUAAAAGAAAUCUGUAUCUUCAUCGCCUGGGCCUUCAAAGUUCAUAUCUCCCCCGAGAAGACCUAUAAAUUCUUCGUCAGAACCAUCCAGUCUUCUCGGCUUUUCGAUCUUCCUCGGGAAAUCAAGGCUGAAGCAGCAAAAUCUUGGGUUUUAGAUGUAGAAAAGCCUCAAAGUUGACUUUUUUUGCUGUUGGGUUCGGAAAAGGUUCAAUCUUUGCAGCAAUGAAGAAGCAGAAAUCCAGCAUGGACUCCAGUUUCAACCACUUUGAUCGUCUCUCCGAGGAGAUUUUGUUCACGGUUCUUGAUUGCCUGAAUGAAAACCCAGCCGACAGAAAAUCCUUCUCUCUCGUCUGCAAGGCAUUCUACAACGCCGAGUGUUCCGACAGAAAAGCGCUGAAGCCCAUGCGGUCGGAGCAGCUGACAAAGAUUCUCAAAAGAUACCCUCACGUUUCCCAUCUGGAUCUCUCCCUGUGUCCCAGGAUUUCAGACGAUUCCCUCGCGGUGAUUGCCGGUUUCUGCAGGGAAAUGUUGAGGUCAAUCAAUCUGUCUAGGUCUAAGUUCUUCACCCACGCGGGGCUGUCGAAUUUGGUGACGAAUUGCGGGAAUUUGGUGGAAAUUGAUCUGUCAAACGCCACGGAAUUGAAGGACAUGGCGGCGGCCGUCAUAGCAGAAGCUAAGAAUCUGGAGAGGCUGUGGUUGGUGAGAUGUCGGGGCGUUACUGAUAUUGGAAUUGGAUGUAUUGCUGUUGGGUGUAAGAAGCUGAGACUUCUCAACUUGAGAUGGUGUUUGGGUGUUGGAGACCUCGGAGUUGGUCUGAUUGCUGUCAAAUGUAAGGAGAUUCGUAGUUUGGAUCUCUCAUAUUUGCCGAUCUCUAAUAAAUGUUUAUCAUCGAUCUCGAAGUUGCAAAAUCUUGAAGAUUUGGUGCUAGAAGGAUGCUAUGGUAUUGAUGAUGAUAGCCUUAUAGCUCUCAAACAAGGAUGCAAAUCACUAGAGACACUUGAUAUGUCGAGCUGCCAGAACGUUAGUCCUGUGGGUUUAUCUUCAUUGACGAGCAGUGCUGGAUGUCUUCGACAACUUACCUUGUCGUAUGGUUCUCCUGUCACUCUUGCUCUGGGCGAGAGCUUGCAGAACCUUUCUAUGUUGCAGUCCAUUAAACUGGACGGUUGCCAGGUGACGUGUUCUGGACUCAAGGCCAUUGGGAACUGGUGCGUGUCGCUGAAGGAGCUGAGUUUAAGUAAAUGCCCGGGAGUUACGGAUGAAGGUCUUUGCUCCGUGGUUACGAAGCACCGAGAAUUACAGAGGCUAGACAUCACUUGUUGCCGCAAGAUAACUCACGUGUCGAUUUCCAACAUCACGAAUUCGUGCUCCUACCUGACUUCGCUCAGGAUGGAGUCUUGCACUCUGGUCCCGAGAGAAGCGUUUGUUUUGAUCGGACAGCGCUGCCGGUUUCUCGAGGAGCUUGACGUUACGGAUAACGAAAUUGACAACGAAGGCCUAAAGUCCAUUUCAAUGUGCUCGGGACUUUCCUCGUUAAAAUUGGGCAUUUGCUUGAACAUAACUGACAAGGGGCUUAUCCACAUUGGCAUGUGCUGUCCAAAUCUCAAAGAGCUCGAUUUAUACAGGUCUGCUGGAGUUACUGAUUCGGGUAUUUAUGCGAUUGCUCGUGGUUGCCUCAGCCUCGAGAUGAUUAAUAUAGCCUAUUGCAAUCGUAUUACCGAUCAUUCCUUCGUAUCGUUAUCCAAGUGUUCAAAGUUAAACACGCUCGAAAGUAGAGGAUGCCCACUUCUCACAUCGUCGGGACUAGCUGCAGUUGCUGUCGGUUGCAAGCUACUCGCUAAGCUAGACAUUAAGUGGUGCUACAAUAUCGACGACUCGGGAAUGAUUUCGCUUGCUCAAUUCUCGCAAAAUCUCAGACAGAUAAACUUGUCGUACACCUCGGUCACGGAUGUCGGUCUCUUGUCCCUCGCUAGCAUCGGGUGUCUCCAGAGCAUGACGGUACUCCACGUGAAGGGGCUGAGUCCUAGUGGACUAGCUGCUGCUCUUCUGGCCUGCGGUGGACUGACAAAAGUGAAACUGCCAUCUUCGUUUAAAUCUAUUUUUCCACAACCUCUCAUCGAACAUUUACAAGUACGAGGUUGUGGUUUCCAGUGGAGCGACAAGGCGUUUCAGCAGGCGGAAUUAGACCCGAAAUGCUGGAAACUUCAAAUGGACGACGUGGAGUAAAGACUAAAGAUCCACCAUUUGAUGAUUAAACUGCGGCUUUUUAAUCGAAUUUUUUUUGUGGAUUGGUACAUUUAUAAACUCUACUGAUCAUAUCUCUUACAGACAGACAGUAGAGAAAAUUUGUCUGUUAAUCAAUGUCAUUAAGGAAGGUUCUUGUUCAUCAUCAAUUUCAAGAAUGGCAAAGUCAAGAUUUUGGUUGGAA